CUUGGUGGAGGUAAAAAUCACCGGUAUAAAUAAUGAAAUUAAUGAUUGGCUGAAUUAUAUUUGGCUGCUCCCAAUUUCAGGGUACUGGUUUUGCACAUACAGUGGCUCAAUGCCACCCUGCCCUGUCUUACUCGGACACUUUAAAUAACACCUGUUGCACAAAAUAGGCAUGAUAUGUCUGCAGGGUUUUGAUAUGUCUGUUUAUUAAUACUAGCAAUUACCUCACGAGGAGAGUCUGGUUUUCAAAACUCAUUUUCACCUACUUUUAUUGUGGUUUCUAGUAGUCAAGGCUGGAUUCCCAAGUGUGCAACCGCCCAGAGGCUCUUAAGCUAGUAGGUAAUUAACACACAGAAAACUUCAGACAUGGUUGUAUUAUUCUAUCAUAGGAGAACUGUAUGGCAGAAAACUGAAAUUAUUUUCAUUAUCAAUACAUCCGACAACUAUUUUUGUUCAGUUGAUUGGUCAGUGAAUAAAAUGUCAAAGAAUAGUGAGUUUACUUUGAUGAAAAUUGGGAAACUACCAGAUACUCACAUUUGAGAAGCUGCUGUUUGGCAUUUUUGCUUCAAAAAAACUUUAAUUGGCAUGGCUUAAUGGUUAAAGUGAAUACAGCAUGACCCCAAUGUCCAUGAUUGGACAUCUGGCUGAGAACCUUUGUUGCAUGUCAUACCCCUUUGCCUCUCUGUUUCAUGUUUCUAUAAAGACAAAAACCCACAAAAUAUUCUUAAAAUAAAGGACUUUAACUUUAACUGUAAAAAAAAAAAAAAAAAAAAAAAAACGUGCACUUUGGGGAUCAAUAGGGGCCUUCUCCCCAGUACCCCUCAAGAGCUUAAUCUGGCCGUGCUAUAGGCUAAGUAAAUAGUAGUAGUAGUAGUAGUAGUAGUUGUUGUUGUUGUUGUUGUAUUGAGCCUGUUUUCUUCAACUCAACUACACCAGUUAAAUUCUCAUGAGCGUUAGUCCUGAAACCCUGCACAUGAUUCCUCCCCAUGUCACCUCACAUGUUCAUCUUCAGUUUGUUUCAGUCAAAAACUAUUUUCCCCCUUAAAUCUCAAACAACAACAACAACAACGUGGUGCUGAUGAAACGAAGAAGCCCCACGCUCUGCUGAGCUGACAGGUUGCCAUGGUAACACUUGAGCGGUGGAGUUGUUACUACGGAGCUGUUAGAAUCCUCCCGGUCACGUGGGGGCGCCUUCUCGAGCUCGACUCCAUCCUGUCCAGCAGCUCCGGUGCCUACGUCACCACAUUUCACCGAAUGCGAUGGAACAUCGUGGAAAACCUUGAAGGUGGUCUCCAGAAACACCGCUAGAGAGACAGAUGCAAAAUGAGGGAAGCGGCUCUCCUGCUCGCAUCGUGCACGGUUCUGUGUCUCCUCCUGAGCCUCGGCGAGGCAGCCAGACAAGGGCAGGACAUCAGAUGUGGAGCCUGCAGGGCUCUGGUAGAUGAGAUGGAGUGGGCCAUCUCCCAGAUAGAUCCGAAGAAAAUGAUCCAGACUGGAUCAUUCAGGAUCAACCCGGACGGCAGCCAGUCCAUCAGAGAGGUACCUCUGGCUCGCUCAGAGGGAAACCUCUUGGAGCUGAUGGAGAUUGUGUGCGAAAGGAUGGAGGACUAUGGUGAGCACACAGAUUCUUCAACAAACAGGAAGUCCUACGUGAGGAUCAAAUCCCGGAGUGGUGAGACCAUGGACCUCUCAGAGGCCACGCUGGAUUCAAGGGUUACAGCCAGUUUAAAAUUUGCAUGUGAAACCAUUGUUGAGCAGCAUGAAGAUGAAAUCAUUGAAUUCUUCGCUCAUGAGACCGAUAAUGUUAAAGACAAGCUCUGCAGCAAGAGGACAGACCUCUGCGACCACGCUCUGAAAAUGCCCCAUGAUGAACUUUGAUAUCACUUCGCCAUGGCUGCCAUCUCUCCCCAGCUGAGAUGGAGACACUGGGUGCUGUUAUGUUUUCAGUUGUCACUUAUCACCGGUUUAUGCCAUGGCAGUGGAUCAAGAUGUAUACAAAUCCUUAAAAUCUAUAGAAUAGAAAAUCCACAAACAAAACAAAAAGUGUUAUUCCUGUGACCAUGGAGAACUUAAGGACCAUUUUAGCCACACCUCUUCUGUCACUUUUUUAUUAACUGUAAGUUAUUACACUUACACACAAAUUUUUGUUUCUCAUAUAAAGGCUCUUGUCUUCACCGGAUACAACUGAAACUGUGAAACUGCAAAAAUAAAGUCAGACUUAAAAAUAGAUGCAGGAUUUCUUACAACAUUAAUUGCAUAUUUCCAGUAAGAAUUCCACUUUAAAACAAGUACAUAGAGUUUACGUUGAAAUUUGGUCGAGUGGUCCUGAAGUCCAUAUUCAUGCAUAAUGAAAAAGUCUCUCCCAAAGCUAUGCAGAGGUGCUUUGAUGCCACUACUCACUGACAACACAAGUGUCAUUACACUUUCAGUUUUAGCUUUAGUAGAGAGUUUUUAUUUCUCACCAAUAUUUAUGUAACAGUCCAUGAUCACAAGAAUAACUGGUGCUAAUUCUUUUGGGUUAUGAAAGAAGUUAUAAGGUACAUUACGUAAGAUCAAGAAUGAAGUUGAUUUCAGAUUUGAGUGGAAUUAGUUCCACUGUAGGGCAAAUGAGAAAAUGUGCCUUUAUUGCCAAAAAAAUGUUUCCCAGGUAGCAUCACAGUACUCAAAGGACCAAUCAAUCCCAUUUAUCCAUCAGUAGAAGAACCUCAGUAUUUUUAUUGCUGUUGUGAAAUUAAUUAGUUAAUCAACUGAUCACACAUUUUCCACUAGAGAAAUUUACAACUGAGGAUUAAUUGAAAGACGCAGCUGUCAAAAAAAAAAAAAAAAAAAUUAAAGAAUGACAAACUCUUAAGUUGUGAAAAACUUCAUCCACUGUUUUGUGUGAAAUUAUGAAUUCCAACUUGACUUUGUAGCUUCUUGAGUGCUGAACACUUUAAAACACUCCCAGGGACUUAUUUUAUCUCAAUUAUUUACAUGGUAAAUGGCUGUAGAUCAAGACAUGAACUAUUGGGGUCUGCUGAGCUUUCAAAGUAAAUUCAAUUCUGACAACAAAGUACUGAUUUGUAAAAGGGCUGUUAUGUUGCAAAUGGUAUGGGUUAAUAGUAAUAGGAAUUAUGUCUGUUAAAAAUUGUUUUCCCUCCAUGUUGCCAUUCAAAUCCAGAAAGGAAAAUGUCAUAUUAAAUAAAAAAGCAUAAAAUAAGAAUUAGAUAUUUGGUCAGUAAUAGCCUCAGGAGCUGGCUAGUGGCAUGUCUUAUUUUUUAUUAAACACUAUCAAAACCAGCUGCAAUCCCCUUGUAUUAUGACAUUUAAAGAGUGUUUUGUUUUUACUUCUGAGCCUCAAGAGUAGAGUGAAGUUUUGUUUAGUCUAGUAAAACCAAACUAAUUUAAUUCCACUAGAGUGUGCUGUGGUCCACAAUCUGAUUGUGAAGUCCAAAGUGUCAAACUCAGCUGGAAAAUCCUCUGUACUGUCACUAUAGAAAGGCCAGGAGCUAUAUUUGGUAUCAUUUAUUUUACAAUGUGUGAAAAAAAUGAACUUGCUGUCUCAUGUGAACAUUCUCUGGAAAUUUCCUUUUUUAUAUAUAAAUUUUGUAAGUUUUCUGCA